CGGGACCCGGUGGAUGGAUGACUGGAGUUUCCCUUGCGGUCUGAAGAUUAAUGGAAGGGGUCUGUUGAUCUUAGGAAUCGACUAUCAGAUGGUCGGUCCCAAGGAACCGUUGCACUUGAUGCUGGUUUAGAAACGAAUGGAGAGAGAUCCAUUUGAAAUUACCUACAGCGGAGAUAACGAAUAACCUGGACGGCACUUUUGUUAUCCAGGUCUCAACUGAAAAGGCCUGCCUACACAGGGAUAGCACCUGGUUAGUUCAGGCCAGGAUAAGACUGCGAGGGACGCUAAAAGCUAACGCUAGCUUGUUCGUCAACGUUAGACCGAAGCAGAUCUCGACGACCUGCCCGAUGGUCCGGGCUGGAUUUUGGGAAAACCACGUAGUUUCCGGAAAUAAAGGACAACCGAGUGACAUCUCGAGGUGUCACUGUGGUUCGCUUGGAAAUCCACAGGCUAACGCCACAAAGCUAACAUCUACUGGCAAUCUCUGCUAGAGUUAGCUAGCGGGCUAGCUCAGCUAACCUUAAGCUUUAAUAUUGGCUGCAGGCUUGUACAUGCUGUACACGCUUUGGUUGGAGUUUACCGAACUCCUCGAGUAGGGUCAUUUUGAAGAAACCUAUUUACACACGGAGGUUAAUAAUGGUAGCUAGUAGCUAGCUGUCAGCUUCAUUGAGCCCAGCAACUGCGUUAGCGGUGUAGCACCAUUUGUCGACUUGCAAAGGAGAAGGAAAAAAAAAACCUCAUUCUGAGCCAAGGGACUCCACCAUCAGCCUGCUAUCAUGGGCAACACGCCCACCGCGAAGAAGGGCAAUGAGAUGGAGAGCGUGAAGGAGUUUCUUGCCAAAGCCAAAGAAGAUUUCCUAAAGAAAUGGGAGAAUCCAGCACAGCAAACCGCGGCGUUGGACCACUUUGAGCGCUUGAAGACCUUAGGCACGGGUUCGUUCGGCCGAGUCAUGCUGGUUAAACACAAAGAGUCGGGCCAACAUUUUGCCAUGAAAAUACUUGACAAACAGAAGGUAGUGAAGCUGAAGCAGAUAGAACACACACUGAACGAGAAACGUAUCCUGCAGGCUGUCAGCUUCCCCUUUCUGGUGCGACUGGAGCACUCUUUUAAGGACAACAGUAAUCUCUAUAUGAUAAUGGAGUAUGUACCCGGCGGCGAAAUGUUCUCCCACUUGAGGAGAAUUGGUCGAUUCAGCGAACCACACGCCCGCUUCUACGCAGCCCAGAUUGUACUGACCUUCGAAUACCUUCACUCGCUGGACCUCAUCUACCGGGAUCUUAAGCCGGAGAACUUGCUCAUCGACCAGCAGGGUUACAUACAGGUAACAGAUUUUGGAUUCGCGAAAAGGGUGAAGGGCCGGACCUGGACGCUUUGUGGCACCCCCGAGUACCUGGCGCCAGAGAUCAUCCUCAGUAAGGGUUACAAUAAAGCAGUGGACUGGUGGGCUCUGGGAGUUCUGAUUUAUGAGAUGGCCGCCGGUUACCCCCCCUUCUUUGCUGACCAGCCUAUUCAGAUUUACGAGAAGAUUGUAUCAGGGAAGGUUCGCUUUCCCUCCCACUUCAGCUCGGACCUGAAGGAUCUGUUGAGAAAUUUGCUGCAGGUGGACCUGACCAAGCGCUUUGGUAACCUCAGGAACGGAGUCAACGAUAUCAAGGGCCACAAGUGGUUCGCCACCACCGAUUGGAUCGCCAUCUACCAGAGGAAGGUGGAAGCUCCCUUUAUUCCAAAGUGCAAAGGCCCCGGUGACACGAGCAACUUUGACGACUACGAGGAAGAGGAAAUCAGAGUCUCCUUCACUGAGAAGUGUGCAAAGGAGUUUGCCGAGUUUUAGAUUCUCACCAUCAGUAGCGAGGCAGGAGAGAGAGAGAGAGGGAGAGAGAGAUAGAGAGAGACAGGGGUAUAGAAAGUAAAAGGGGGGUGGACAGGAAGCGCUAGGGUGGACUGCUAUCUUUCUUAUUUGUAAUGACGACAACAAUGUAACCCCCCCCCCCCCUGUGGAAAGGUAGGCAAAAUGAAGACAGAACCAGCAGUGUUGCGUUUCCUGAUUGUUCCUCAACUGUUACCCAUUCCUUUUAUUUCUCCCUCUCGCUUGUGACGGGCUGGAGGAGAACAGGCGUAGGUUGUGGCUGUCCAGCUCUGCUUGUAUCUUUCUGAUGGUGUAAUGACAUGCUUUCAGUCUGUGCAGGUUGAGGCAUUGGUUUUCUGUUAAGGUACUGAAUCUCCUAGGCUCUUUUUUUUUUUUCUUUUUUUUUUUUUUAUUAUUCCUACGGAACUGGCCCUGUCCACAAGCUUCUCAAAGAGUGGUCGUUGUAUCUCGUCACCGCCCCCCUCCACCCACUCACCGCCCUCCCAUCCUCCAUCCUGAAUCUGUCCAAGCAAUACCAAGUCCAACAGAUGUGCCUAUCAAAAUGCCAACUGGUUGGAAAACUGUGUCAAAAGCAUUGGUGCAGAGCUUUGGCGACGGUGGCAUCAGCCCUUGUGCCCAUUUUGGUUUAAAGCUUGAAAACUCUCUGCAACUGCCUUUUGUCUGCUAAAUGUGGCAUGCUUACUGGGUAGAUGAUGCACUCACUGCAGCCGAAGCAGUGGUGACCUCCUGAAUCAGAGUGAACAUGAAUUAUCACAGUAAAUUUCACCCACAUCUUGCUCCUUUUUCUGGGACCUGUGAGAAUGGGUAAACCGGAGGUUUGCAUUGAAGUCUGUCUUUUUCUUGGCUGAAUUUAUUAGCGCAUUUUAAGAAUCCUAUUGGUGAUCAUUUCAUCCUCUUUAUGUCAUUUCUGUGCUUGUGUGUUAUUUAGUGCUCAUGGGUGGGUUAAAAAGCUGUGGUUUAGCAGCAACUAAGUGGUCACACUCCUGACUAUUGUUUAUUUAAUAAAUAAAGAUCUAUAUAUGUAGAUAUUAAUAUAAAUACACACAUAUAUACUAAUAUGUAUGUAUUCAUAUUUAUAUAUAUGUAUGUAUUUAUGUUAAUAUAUAUAAAUACUUAAAUUACAUCUUUUUCAAGAUUGUCUCAUAGGUGUGAAACAGAAAUUACGAUUUCAUAAAUAAAUAUAUAAAUUCUGCCAAAUUUGCAAACUGAGAACAUUGCAAAGUUUUCUUUAUGUAAUUAUGAUGGUGGUGGAUUUUAAUGCGCAAAAAAGUAGCAAAACGUUUCAACAAAAUGUGCAUGUUAUUUUUGUACAAUAUCCCUUUUAAAGAAAGAUGGCAGAGCAUUAUGCUUUAUUUGCGCUGAGGUACCUGAGAUCGUGGAUAACAUGCUUAGCUAUUGAAAUGGACUCUCGGCUGCUCUAUUGUGAAGAUGGAUCAAGACCCAGUUGAAUGUGUCUGAUGGUUCUUCUGGGAUUUGUUCAUUGAUCACUUGUAGGGAAAAAGGUUUGCUGAUAAUUGUCGCUUCUCACCUUCAUUGAUUUUUUUUUUCUUCUUUUUUUUUUCUUCCUUACCCCCCUUUUUCUCGUGUGUGUGUGUGUAUAUACCGAACAUGUAACACCUUCAAAAAGAUUUGCAGUCCAACCAAAUUUUUGGGACUGUUGAGAUUGGAGUGUUAUUUUUUGUUUUGUUUCCAUUUUCCAGCUUUCUAUGUAACAAAUUAAACUAAGGAAGCUAUCCUAAAGCUGUGCCCUUUUGCCAAGUUUAUUUCUGUGGAUGCAAGACAAUCGCAGACCAAAUCUCUGCUGGUCUGUUGACUACACUUUGUUUGAUCAAGGAUGUUUGCCCCCACCCCCCACCUUCCAUAGGCCCUAGGUGCUAGACUUUAUCCAUCUCACUGAAAAGCUUCUGUGAAUUGUUAGAUGUGCAUCAAUUGUCAUAAAGUCUUGUACCAUGAGAUUUCUGAGAAUGUUUUUCAACUAAAUGAUUUCGGUAGGCUUGAGUAAUUAUUUUGGCUGUCUCAAUGUAAUUAAGAUCAAACACAGGAUAUCUUUUUUUGAAUGUCUUGAAUUGUCUAACGGAGAUGGUUCCAAUGCUGUUUGGAAACACAAUGUUUAUUUUUAUUUUUUUUAAUGCUACGUCUUUAUCGGGUGAGCUUGGUUUUUUUUUUCUUGCAUGUGGUGAAGCAACCCAAUGGCAAGACGUCACCUGGACCUGAAACAUGUCUUUGAGUAAUUCUAGUUUCCGCUGCCGACCGUCUCAUCACUGUUUAACCCUUUUUGUUGAUUUGUUUGAGCAUCACGUCGAACAAUGCAGUGGACCACCAACCAACUUGUCCGGUCCCUUGCAAAUACUGAAGCACAUGCCGCAUCCUUUCAGAUCUUCUAUUUAAGUGAUUUGUGCUAAUUAUUUGAAACUUUUAGGACACUAUGUAAUCGGGUUUUUUUUUUUGUUUUAAAGAGAGCACAUGUAAUAUAUUUGGUCUAUCUGUUCUGGCAAAUUGACUAAAUCGCAGUUGGUGUGUGGAAGGCGACGCCACAGGAUCCACUCCAGACACGGAGGUCGUCACAAUGCUUUUCCUUUUUUAAAUUAUUUUUCUUUCCCCCAUACGAAAACUUCUUGUCUUUUAAUUUUAUUCUAUCGGCUGAAUACAUCUACUGCUCUGUGCUAAUUAUGAGUUCUAAUCUUGUGUUUGCCUUCUCCUUUCAUCAGGAUAUUCACACACUUCAUUCAAACAUAACACUUUUUACAUCUGAGAUGUUUUGCGUUCAUAUUUUCUAAUUGUAUUUUCAAAAAAAGCAAAAAACAGCAAAAACAGAACAUUAAUCUUUUCCUCAUGACCUGGGUACAGUGAUUGUGUAGUCUAUUGUACCUUUUGGGAAACAAUACUGUAUAUCCUUGCCUUUGACAGUCUUAACUAUUUUCCCCUCUGGACAACUUGACAGAUACCCUUAGAACACAAAUGAGUAUGUUAAAAAAUAUACAUAAAGUAAUAUUUUGCAAAAUGUAUCAUUCCAAUAAACUUUUACUUGUUAAGACUAA